CCGCCGGCCUCGGCACGCCGGGAAGUUACUUUGUUCGCAGAGUUGCCGCGGGCGGGCGAGCGGGCCGGGACCCCGCGGGCGCUGCGCCGGCCCUGCCGCCCCCCGCGGGCCGCUUCCAGGUGUCACCGGCGCCGCCAGCGAGCGCCCGGCACUGGCGCCCCGAGGAGAGCCCGGGUGCUCCUUCAGCCGCGGCUUCCCCGCGCGUAGCAAGAGGAAGGGGUGAGGGACGUGGAAAAACUUCCCUUUGUCACAGGAGAGGGUUUCAGUGACCUUCCAAAGUUUUGUUCCAGGAGGAAACAGUCCAGUAAGUUUUUCAAAAUUCAUGCUGAUUUUCAUAUAAUCUGUCGCACUGAUAUUUGGUAUCCAGCAUACACAGAGUUGUGGAACAGGAAGAAAAGAUUUGGGAGGUUUAGGUAGUGGUUUCGUUGCUUUUAAUAUGUUGCUUUCUUAAGAGCUGCAUUUUGGAUGUUGCAUUUUCAGACAGCUAAUAUGGAAAGCAUUUAUAUACCUAGGUGUAUAUGGGUAACAUAAAAGAUGAAGACAGGAAGCACACAGAAACUGGACAGAUUUUAAACAUUCAGUUCCAUUUGGGAAAAAAUCAAUAGUUGAAGAUUUCUUCUUUCACAAUCUAUAUCUUGACAAUGUCAUAAGUAAGAAAUCUGCCAAUACACUACAAUACUAAUAGACCUUUCAACUUCAGUUAAUUCUGAAUGAAUUUAGUGAGUAAUCUAGACUAUAAUAUAGAAGAGCUUUUGAUAUUCUGGAUAAAUCAAUAACUAGGCAAGAUUAUUAAACUUUGUGGUUGGCUUCUGAUGAGGUAAACUCUCAAUCAUUCAAAAGAAUAGCAGUAGAUAAAAUAAUAAUACAAGACUACAUCUUAAAUGUGCAUGUCCAAAAUUUGGCUACCAUAAAAUGACUAUCUCUUUUGAGAAGAAUAGUUAAGGAGUCAUUAUAUGAUGGUAAUCUGUGUUGUACUCAUACAUAAUAAACUGUUUCUUGAUGCCAGGCAAUAUAAAUUGUCUGGCAGUGUACUAUACAAAUAGAUUUUCUUUAAUUUUUAUUUUACAGAUUUUUUUGGAAAUUGUUAAAUGUAAUGGCUACGUCAUGUAUGAUACAUACAUAAAUUGACUGAUGUUAAUUAUUAGUCAUAGAAUUCUAAUGGUAUAUUUAAACAGUUUUGGCUUUGCUCUUCCAGUUUAUUUCAUUGUCUCAGAUAGCCUGAGACAGAAGAAUCUUAAAAUUUCUCUUUCCUUCUGAACAUAUGUUACUCCCUCUUUCUUUUUUCUCCUUGCUCUCCUUUGGCAUAAUUUAAAGCAAAAUAACCACUGAAAAUACCUGUAUGAGUGCACAUGAAGAAAAACGUCCAUUUUAAAGAUACACAAAUGUUCUUGGUAGGCUAGAGCAAACCCAUCAUGCCCUGUGUGAAAACCUUCUAUUAAACUGAUAUUUGUAAGAUACUUGUUUUGGUAUUAGUUUCUGAUGCCAAACAACAAACAUGAGAGAAUGCAGAGAGAAAGCUGACACUCUGAUCUCUGUUUAAACAGGUCGUGCUUUUUAUUUAGUGCUGUGUGCUCAUUACAGGGGCUGUCAGUAGGAAUAUAAAGUGGACUUGAGUUCUGAUUUGCCAUACAUAGCCUAUUCUGACACUGAUGUUUCUGCUCCUUGAGCUAAUGAUUCAUAGCAUGUAGUGCUGUUUGUGAUCAUAUUUAUUUAAUUGAAUUCAUUAUAAGGAGCUAGAAAAACUGUCCGGAUUAUGUCCUCUUAGGAACUGAGCAGGAUCGGAUCUGCUUUUUUCAGGUGCAGUCCUCCUCACCUGAAGAGUAACGUAGGAGGGGACCCUACUUUAUUUUAGGAGAACAUGGAGAGGUGCAUGAAGAGGUUGCUAUUUUUUAAGUCAGCUAGACUUAAGGGUUUUGCCAAUGAAUUACAAGGAAGCAGACUCAAAUCCCAUGAAACCGGGUAACUGCUUAGUCGAUUAUCCAAGCAGUUUCUUUUUCCAGACAUAUGGAAACAAUAACAAAUAGGGAACAAAAACAGUGAGUUUAUAAUUGAGAGUUUUAAUAUUUGCACAUAAAACAGUUUUCAUCUCAAAUGAUUAAUAAACAUGGUAAAAAGAAAUCAAUGCAGUCUUUGAUUCUUGCUGAAUCUUGUUUUGAAGAACAAGUGGGCCAAUUUAAGGAUGUGUGUGUAAGGUAAUCUGAGGGAUGAUGAGCCUCUGCACAAGUUACUGUUAUAUUAAGAUAUAUUAGACUGUUACAACGUAUAGUUUGAGGUCUCAGAAAAAGAUUAAGUAUAGUGCUGGCAACUUUAAUUCACAUGUUCUGGACUGUACACCAAGUUAGAUUCUGUGAUCAUUGUCCAUGGGUGAAAUAGGGUCUUCAUCAGGGUAUGUGAAAGCAAGGUGGUCUCCAGUUUAAUUUCUAACUUUAAUACAUGUUCUAGGUUAUGUUUCAAAAUUUAAGCAAAGUUAGUAAUGUAAGAGGGUACUUUCAAAUCACUUGACUGUUGUCCUUUGACUUCCUCGUUGAAUAUCAUCCUUUGAGCCUGAUGUUAUUGUAAGUAAAACACGUGAAUGUACUUGCUUGGGCAAGGUUGCAGAAUGACAGUCCAGUAUAAGAUAUAGUGCAAAAAGGAGCAAAGCUAUUGUGGUAGUGACUACUCACCUGCUACUGUAGUGACCACCUCUAGAGGAUAGAAGUAGUUCAUUCUUUGUGACUGCUCACUGCUUGACCUCAUUGUUGAAACUGUCAGCAAGUGUGCCAGUUUUGCUGUAUUUGAUAUGACGGUGGGAAUUAUGUUAGGAUUAACAAGUAACCAUCACUGUUUAUAUGCAGUAACUUGCAGUCACAACUGAUUAGGGAUUCAUUACACUAACCUACAUACCAAAUGCUUAACAUUACUGCAUUCAGUCAUUACUUAAAUAGCCAAAGUGCCAUUAUCCACUGUGGGAGCAAGAUUGGGUCUGUAAUGUCAUUUAAGCAUACUGUAUUGUAUAUUACUGCAGAGAGCCUUAGUCAUAUUGCUGUAAAAAGGAUUGGUUAGCUUUUUCAGAGAUCUGUUUUCAAGAGUAUGUGUAAUGCAUUUCAAUUUGAAGUAUCUGCUAUAACUUGUUACAUAGUUUUAGUUUAUACAUUUCUGCUGAUAACAAGUUUACUAUAUAUGGCACGUGUAUCUUUUUUGAUAACUAUUUUUUAUGCAGAAUGCCCUCCUGACCUUUUAAGUUCAGUUCCUCUGCCAUACAGCCAAUCCAGCUUGCCUUAUGGCAGAUGAAGGUCUUGCCAUUCAACCAAAGACUGAAGCCAGCAGAGCAGCUGUAGAAGCAGCAUAAGAAGGAGAUGAUGGUUUUCGAAGGGGGAGUGUGCCGAUUAGGUAAGGAGAUGUCAUGGUCUUCUUCUGUCGAUGUAGGAAGAUAGCAGAUAUGAUCGCCUGAAAAAGCAGAACUACUCAGUGCAAGCAUGGCUUUCGCCCAGUCGCACAUUAUGGCAGCUAGAAGGCAUCAGCACAGUAGACUCAUAAUUGAAGUGGAUGAGUACAGCUCAAACCCCACACAGGCUUUCACGUUCUACAACAUUAACCAGGGACGUUUUCAGCCCCCACAUGUGCAAAUGGUUGAUCCUGUGCCCCAUGAUGCUCCCAAACCUCCAGGAUAUACUCGAUUCGUGUGUAUUUCCGACACUCACUCAAGAACUGAUCCCAUCCAAAUGCCAUAUGGAGAUGUGUUAAUACAUGCUGGUGAUUUUACUGAGCUGGGACUUCCUAGUGAAGUUAAAAAAUUCAAUGAGUGGCUAGGUAGCCUGCCCUAUGAAUACAAGAUUGUGAUAGCAGGAAAUCAUGAAUUGACCUUUGACCAGGAAUUCAUGGCUGACUUAAUCAAGCAGGACUUUUACUAUUUCCCCUCUGUUUCUAAGCUGAAGCCAGAGAGCUAUGAAAAUGUACAGUCUCUUCUAACAAACUGCAUCUAUCUUCAAGACUCUGAAGUGACGGUGAGGGGAUUCAGAAUAUAUGGCUCCCCUUGGCAACCUUGGUUUUAUGGCUGGGGCUUUAAUCUUCCACGAGGCCAAGCACUAUUAGAGAAAUGGAACCUUAUUCCAGAUGGAAUAGAUAUUCUUAUUACACAUGGACCACCUCUCGGUUUUCUAGACUGGGUUCCUAAGAAAAUGCAACGGGUAGGAUGUGUUGAGCUGCUGAACACAGUCCAGAGACGAAUACAGCCAAGGCUUCACGUUUUUGGACAUAUCCAUGAAGGUUAUGGCGUAAUGGCUGAUGGAACUACUACCUAUGUGAAUGCAUCUGUGUGCACUGUGAAUUACCAGCCUCUUAACCCACCUAUAGUUAUUGAUUUACCUACGCCAAGGAACACAUGAUUAUUAUAAGGGUUUAAUGUCAUGCUCCACACAUUAGCAACUUUAUAUUGCUGGCUGAGAAUCCCAGUAGGGAACUAUUCAACAAAAAAGCAAAACCUUCUUCUUUUUUCCCGUUAGUUCUUCAGAGAUAAAUUUGAGUGACAAAAACGGAUGAGGAACAAGGACAUUUUGGUGCCAUUAUCUGCCAGAAGCAGAUUAAGACUUUAACAUUUCACCAUUAAAAUAUUUGUGAACACAGAAAAGUGAAUGCAUUCCACAUAUAUAUAUAUACAUAUAUAUAUAUAUAUAUAUCAAGUAGGGACUUUUGUAUAUACCAUACAUUAUAUUGGACUUAUUAAAAGAACAAUGUCUUUCAAA